AUGAGCGAAUACGAAUUCACAACUGUUCCUGUCAAACGUCUUGGAGACUCUGGACUCAAGAUAUCCAAUGUGGUUGUUGGCUGCAUGGGGUUUGGGUCGAAGCAAUGGUUUGACUGGGUAGAGGACGACGAGGAGAAGAUCUUUGGGAUCUUAAAGAAGUGCUACGACCAUGGGAUCAGGACAUUUGAUACAGCAGACUGCUACUCCAACGGCAGGUCUGAGGAGAUUUUGGGCAGGUUUAUCAAGAAGUACAAUAUCAAGAGAGACAGAAUUGUGAUCUUGUCCAAGGGCUUUUUGUACGUCAACGAUGAGGACAUGGGCUGCAACUUCGGCAACUACCACAAGUAUCCUCAGAUCGACUCGAUCAACUCCAAGGGCUUGUCGAGAAAACACAUAUUGGAUGCUGCUGAGGCCUCUGCAAAGAGAUUGGGCACAUACAUGGACGUGUACCAGAUCCACCGAUACGACCCAGAGACAACACCAAGGGAGAUUAUGAAGGCGCUCAACGACGUUGUGGAAAAGGGCUACGCCAGAUAUAUUGGAGCGUCGUCGAUGAAGGCAUACCAGUUCAUUGAACUCCAGUUUGUUGCUGAGCAGAACAAUUGGCACAAGUUCAUAUCGAUGCAGAACUACAACAACUUGUUGUACCGAGAGGAGGAAAGAGAGAUGAUUCCAUUCUGCCAAUCGCAUGGUGUGGGCAUUAUUCCAUGGUCGUCCAACGCCAGAGGUAUGCUCACUCGUCCCUACGAUCCCAAUCGCAAGACGUCGAGACAGGAGUCUGAGGCAGCAAUCAUGGAGUUGUUGUUUGGGAACAUGAAGCCUGAGAGCGACAUCGAGAUCAUCAAUCGAGUUGAGAAGUUGGCCAAGAAGAAGAAAGUGUCGAUGGCAUCAAUUUCAAUUGCCUGGUGUGUUGCAAAGGACUACUCGCCCAUUGUUGGGCUCAGCUCGGAGAGAAGAGUGGACGAUCUUGUUGUUGGAGCCAAUUUGAUAUUGUCUGAUGAGGAGGUUCAAUAUCUCGAGGAGCCCUAUCAAGCCAAGGAUUUCAUCAUCUUAUGA